CAGCAGCGGGUGGCGAUACGUGUAGCAGACACAUGCAGCCGCGUCGUCUUCUUCUCCAACUGUUGUGUCUUGCUGGAAGACUCGAGGAGGGCCGCUCGCUCCGAAGCGACGGAUGAACCUGUCACAGAAGGCACGUUGCUGGUUUACACGGCAUCCCAGGCGACAACAGCGAGCCCGCACGCCACCAGGGGCACCUGCGCGCUGUCCGCAGAAGUGCGCCUGUUAUCGCCGGCGGGCUGUAGCGGCUGCUGCCGCUAGCGCGCCGCCGACUCGCUCGUUUGCGACUCGUGCACCCUACAUCGCGCGGCCGCGCACGUCGCCGCCUUGACAUGUCCUUGCGGUGGCGUAGCCUGGCCUCGCGCUCCCGCCUGGGCUCCGGGCCCGGAGGCGACGGGCCAUGGGAGCCCGACGAGUGCGUCAAGCUGCUCGCGAACCCCGACCUGACGCGGCUCACGGUCGUCAAGCGCGAGCUGGGCCGAGCCAGUUCGUCGUGGAUGACGCGCUUCUUGGAGCUCGACGGCCUGGAUGCCCUGUUCGGCGCUUUGGACGCGUUCAGCGGUCACCACGAAGCGUCGUUCCAGGACGCCGUGCUGCAACUGCACUGCGUCGAGUGUUUGCGCGCUCUGAUGAACGCGCGCACAGGACUGGACCACAUCGUGAGGCAGCCGCGUUACACCCGCAAGUUGGCGGAAGCGUUGGCCAGCCCGAACCGUGUGGUGCGCAAGCAGGUGCUGGAACUCCUGUCUGCCGUGUGCGUCUACGCUCCGGGCGGCCAGGUUCUGGCCCUGGACGCGCUCGACCACGUGCGCGCCUCGACGGGCGGGGAGCACCGCUUCAGCGUGCUCGUGGACGAGCUGUCGCACCCCGAGGUGCUGCCGUACGCCGCCACCGUGCUCGCCUUCAUCAACUGCGUGCUCAUCAGCACCGACGACUUCCGCGAGCGGCUGCGCCUGCGCAACCAGCUUCUGGGCUUGGGCUUCCUGGAGUUGGUGGAGCCGCUGCGUCGUUCCGGGGACGACGAGUUGUUCAUCCAGUGUCACGUGUUCGAGACCACUCGCGAGGCGGACGACGAGCACGCGCUCAGCCUCGGACUCACCGCCUCGGGAAACCAUUACGACGCAUUCGCCGCCGUCAUGAACAAGGUAUAUGGCAAGCCGCAGUCCAUCGCUUUCCUCAUGCUCCUGCGAAAUCUCGAGAAGCUCGACCCCGAUGACACGGCUAGCCACCUUGCCUGGGAACUGCUGGAGCGGCUGUCGCUGCAGCUGAGCUCGGGUCCCGUGCUGCCCCUGUACAACGCGAUGGGACCCAAGCUGACCCCGGCACCUUUGGAGCUGGCAGCCAUGGAGCGGCUGGACAACGGCCGCCACCGCGGUGGAAGCGAAUGCGACUCCGAUGUCUUUGCCGAGUGCUCCCCGCCACAGCCUAAGAACAGGCUGAACAUUUUCAAGUUCAUCACUCAGGGUUUCAAGAAGGGCUCAGCACGUGGUCCUACGGGCGUGCAGGUCUCCAAUCUGUCACGGUCCACGUCGUUUAGGUCGAAGUCUAAUCAGUCGCGGAGGUCUUCUCAGCCCUCACCCGUAGUUCGGAGGAGCCAGGAGCUUAUCGGUGUCGAGCGGAGCAAGUCGACAAGCGUCAAGAAGCAUAGCAUCGAAGGCUCGCUCCAGCGAUCGUCAUCGCGCUCGACGCAGCUGACACGCUCCUCUGUGCAUCAAUCGUCGACCGAUGGCCAGCCGCCGGCUGUCCCGACUGUGUGUAAGACAUCGCCUGAAGUCCUGGGUCGCCCGGGCCUCAAUGGCACCGGACGCCUAUUGCCUUUGUCAUCGAGUGAGCCUCAAGGACCCAAAGGAGCUCAAGCUUCACCUGUCAAUGGAGCUCCACCGCCACCGCCACCACCUUCACUGUCAGGUAUGCAGAACCCUCAAGGUGAUGGUCUGGAAACCGAAAUUACGCCGUCCAAGGCGACGCAACUCCAAGCAGCGCCACGUGGAUCGGCUUCUCCCGGUCCUUUCCACACGUUGCCUAAGCCGCAGCAGAAGAUGAAGACUCUCAACUGGACUAAGGUGCCAGAUACCCUUGUAUGUGGUGGCAAGAGUAUCUGGAGCGACGUCACCAAGGAAGCCCAGGAAGAGCACGUUGAACGAAAGCUCAACUUUAAACAGCUCGAAGAGCUCUUCUGCCAAAAGACGGCCACCACAGCGCAACCGAAGGUGCCACCAGACAAGAAGAAAAAACGGGAGCCAGCACUGCUUAGCCUCCUGGAUGGAAAGAGGAGCCUCAAUGUCUGCAUCUUCCUCAAGCAGUUCAAGCGGGGCCCUGAACAAAUUGUCGACAUGAUUCGAUCUUGCAAGUCUAAGGAAGUUGGCGCUGAACGCUUGCGAAUGUUGCAGAAGAUACUACCAGAGCCAGAUGAGUUGAGCAUGCUGCGGUCAUACACGGGUGAUCGGAGCAAGCUGGGCCAGGCGGAGCAGUUCUUCCUGAUGCUGGGCGACUUGCCGCUGUAUGCCCUUUACGUGGACGGCAUGCUCCAGAUGGAGGAGUUUAGGCCGAGCGUCGAUGCACUGAAGCCACAGCUGGACAACUACAUUGGCGUCUGCCAGGAGAUACUGACCAAUCGCAGCCUCAAGGAGUUCCUCAAGCUCAUUCUCAUCACCGGAAACUUCAUCAACUCGGGCAGUUACGCGGGCAACGCAUUUGGUUUCCGGCUGAACACGCUUCCGAAGCUACUCGAGACCCGCUCGAACAAGCCGCGCAUGACACUUCUUCAUUUUCUAGUCGAAAUCGCUGAAAAGGAACAGGCACAGACGCUGUCUUUCACCAAGGAUCUUCGACACCUCGCCCAGUGUUCCAGGCUGUCUCUAGAUGGCAUGCGAGCAGAACUGAAACAGCUGUCUACUGGCAUUGAGAAGCUCGAGAGACAUCUUCCCCAAGGCGACGCUGCCUUCAAACAACACUUCGGUGCCUUCAUCACGGCGGCCAAGGCACAGCUGAGUGAACUAUCUUCGAGCUUCGAGCAAAUUGGACAGCUCUCACGGAGGCUAGCUGAGCACUUUUGCGAGGAAGAGAGCCGCUUCUCAGUCGAAGAGUGCCUGCACAUCUUCAACAACUUCUGCGAAAAAGUCAAGCUGGCGCAAAAGGAGAAUGAAGAGCGAAGGCAGCUGGAGGAGCGAGCCGAGAAGCUCAAGAUCACACGGAUGGGCACGGACCAGAGCAAACCAGGAUACGCAAAGAAGCCGGCUGCCUCCUUUGUAGAGGAGGAGUGCAUCGUCGACCGCCUUCUCGCCGAAAUACGUCGGGGAAGCUUCAAGCUACGCAAGACGCCCGCUUGACACAGUGCGGAUGACAGCGGGCGCAGGAGACUCAAAAUUUUAUUGUUUUUGCUUCGUGGUUUUUAACAAAUA